CAGUUCUGAGGUAACACUGGUCCCAUGCUGAUAACAGCUCUUGAGACCAGUGCACAUUUUAGUCCUGGCUCUAAGCCUAUUCUUAACUAGGGGGCAUAGAAUUUGGAGAUAAGGGUGAAGUUUGGCUGCAUUAUUUGCAUCUCUAGUCAUGAACUGCAAAGAAAAUGCAGGGCUCAUGUGUAAUGCAGCAUGGGGUGGGGGAGGGAGGAACUGCUUAUGUAACUGGGACAGCAGAUUUAGCAGGAGAGGAGGCAGAGGCUGGGGAUGGGAGCAGUGAGCUGUCGGCAGGGGCAACAUGUCCAGAUGGCUGCUCCUCGUAAGCAGGGUGGCAACAACCGGGGCCCCUGGGUCCGAGGCUGGAGGAGCCUCUGGUCAGGCAUGGGGACAACCAGAUCAGGUCUGGAUGAGCUGUGGGGACUUCAGAGGCAUCAGUGCCUGCACCAGGAAUCUCUGGAGCCAGCCCCACUGCUAGUAGAGAAGCCUCUGCCUGAAUGGCCAGUGCCUCAGUUCAUCAACCUCUUUCUGCCGGAGUUUCCCAUUAGGCCCCUUAGGGGGCAUCAGCAGCUGAAGAUUUUAGGCCUUGUGGCUAAAGGCUCCUUUGGAACUGUCCUCAAGGUGCUAGACUGUGGCCAGAAAGCAGUAUUUGCAGUGAAGGUGGUGCCCAAGGUAAAGGUCCUACAGAGGGACAUCCUGAGGCAGUGUAAAGAGGAGGUUAGCAUCCAGCGAAAGAUCAACCAUCCUUUCAUACACAGUCUGGGGGACAGCUGGCAGGGAAAACGGCACCUCUUCAUUAUGUGCAGCUACUGCAGCACAGACCUGCACUCCCUGUGGUCCACUGUUGGCUGCUUUGCUGAGGCUUCCAUCCGCCUCUUUGCUGCUGAGCUGGUCCUGGUGCUGUGUUAUCUCCAUGACUUGGGCAUCAUCCAUCGAGAUGUGAAGAUGGAGAAUAUCCUUCUGGAUGAGCGAGGCCAUCUGAAAUUGACAGACUUCGGUCUGUCCCGCCACCUGCCCCAGGGAGCCCGAGCGUAUACUAUCUGUGGCACUCUUCAGUACAUGGCCCCAGAGGUCCUGAGUGGAGGGCCUUACAACCAUGCUGCUGAUUGGUGGUCCCUGGGUAUCUUGCUUUUCUCUCUGGCAACUGGAAAGUUCCCAGUGCCCGCAGAGAGAGAUCAUGUGGCCAUGUUGGCAAGUGUGACCCACUAUGACUCUGAGAUCCCAGCUUCUCUUAACCAGGGGCUUUCACUCCUGCUCCAUGAGCUCUUAUGCCAGAAUCCCCUCCACCGUCUACGUUAUUUGCAUCACUUCCAGGUCCACCCUUUCUUUCGGGGUGUGGCCUUUGACCCAGAGCUCCUACAGAAGCAUCCAGUGAACUUUGUCAUGGAAACACAAGCUACCCAGCCCAGUCCAUCAUCGGAGUCUAUGUUCUUCAAGGACUUUGACUGUAACCUGGAGUCCUACCUGGUCCACCUCAGCCUUGCAUGAGCUCCUCUACUGUAGAUGGGGGCCAUCUAGGAACCUGAGGACCUCUUCCAGUAUCAACUCAGUAUGACCACCUACAUAAUCCAGUUUGUUUUUACUUUGCAGCGUCUUAUCAUUCUGUUAAUGUAGGUGCUGGACCAGAGUUCAGAUCUUGGGCAUUCUGCUAUUGGCAGCUAUGGUGUCCUAGUCCUUACCCCAUCAUACAGCCCAUCUCUCAAUUUAACAUCUCAGAUCACAAUGUUGACCUUUUCCAUUGUUUCAUUUCUCCAGUGCUUAUACCCUGAAGCUUUUAGCCAGAAGCUUAUUCCACUUUUCCUUCUCCUUGUUUCUCUGCCAUGUUUCCUUUUGUGAGCAAAAAUAACACUUCAUGGGUUCCAAAGGUGCUAUUUUGUGUUGAAUAGUCCUGUCAGAAGCAGUAUGAAUGUUUUUCAGAGGUCUCAAAAGCUAGCAUUUCAAUCCCUAAAUAUGCAGGUAAAACAUAUGAUCUAGGGGCUCAAAGGCAGUCUAAUUUUUAAAAAUUUAAAAAGUCUGAUAGCCUACUGUGAGGAAGAGAAUAAGAAAUGAAACAUGGGUGGGUUAAAUGUCCCUUCUAGGGGUAAUUAACAUAGCUAUCCACUUUUUCCCCAAAACAAAACCUCUUUGAAAGACAUAAGGAUUCUUUUUUAAAAAAUUUAUUUAUUUUAUUAAUUUUGGGUGGCGGGAGGAGGUAGUUAUUUUAUUUUAUUUUAAUUAAUUAAUUAAUUAAUUUCAAUCCCCAGGAUGGAUUGAACCUAGGACCUUGUGCAUGCUAAGCAUGUGCUCUACCACUUGAACUAUACCCUCCCCUCUGAGAUAAGGAUUCUUAAACUGAUCAUUUUCCUAGAUGGCCCAGGAUUCAGUUUGUGAUGGGCAAGCCAAGGGGGUUAUGACAUCAACCUUGAGAUUUAAGGUUAGAGAUGUAACUCAGGAAUGUUUUCCUUUAGUAAGGGAAAUUAUCUUGACCUUAAAUUUGUAUAUAUUUCUGGCCUUUAUGACUUCUUUUCAUUUUUCUUAAACUAACUUCUGAAAAGCUUCAUUUUCAUUAUUUUUUAGUUAUAUCUGAUCUCUCUUUUCAGACCAAAGAGUCUGGGAAGUACUCUGUGUAGUAUUUAUAGUCAUUUUGUUGCUGGAUUAAGCCAGAUUUUUCCCUGUACAUAGCUGGCAUUUUUUUGGCCUCUGCAGAACUGCUUUUUCUGGAUUGCACUUUGGCAAUCCAUAUGAAAAUCCCUAUGAAAUUUAAUUGUUGUAGAUACCGUAAAGGGUUGUUUAUCAUUAUAAUUCAUAACUCAUAAUGUUCUAUUUAGGAUACUUGGGAGAAUUUCCUUUGAACUCAGUUAUGCUUUUCCUGAAUUGCUGUUUGGUUUUUAUCUUCAAGACACUAUAUAUUCAACUGACUCUAUUUUUCUUUCCAUACUGAUGCUAGACCACUUAGAGCCCAGUUUGUGGCCCACCUUCAGAAAGUGUUGAGGACCUCAUGUUAUGUGUUUUGUAUGCCAGCCACGUUCUUGGUUCCAUCUUCCUUUUCUACGUUUACUUUCCUCAUUCUCAUUUUUCUGUUUUAAUCUUUUUUUAAAAAUUUUAUUAGAUUAUCUGCAUCUUUGUAAGCCUUUUAGAAUGAGGUUAGGGUAUAAAUAAAUAAAAGAAUGUAUCCUUAAUCCUUUUGAUUAUCUCAUUUGUUUCUCUUUAGAUACUUUUUUAGCUUUAUUAUAUAUUUUAAAAGUUUUAAUAACCAGAACUUCACAUUGGAUAAAAACUCUGAAUACUAAGAAUAGGAAUUAAUGGCUUCUAAAAUAGUAGUUAAGAGUAUUAGAUUGGAAUUUAGGAGACCUGGUGCCUUGAUCCACCAAUAAAUAUCUCAGUGUCUUUAUACAAGUCAUUUUAACUCUGGAUUUUAGUUUCAACUAAUGUAUAAAUGAGGGGAUUAUAACCACUGGUUCUUAAUUGUGGGGGAUGAGUUUCAGAUUUCUGUGAUGUUGUUUCAAAGGGCAGAUGCAGAUGAUUUUAUGACACUGUGUGUUUGGCCCAGUGUUAAUGUUUAGGUAACCCAACAUUAUAUAGCCUCUCUGAUCACAGCAGCAUAUUGGGUUAAGUUCUUUUGGACAUGGUUAACAUAAUGUCACUAGGGUCCCUUUCCUAGGUCAUGUUAGAUAGCUUAGAGACUGUGAUCAUGUAAGUGUAGUUUGAAUCAUUUCUUAUCAUAUGAGGACAUUUUUUAACAUACUCUCUUCAAUCAGUGGUGCAUUACAGCAGUGAUUCUCAGAGUAGAAUGGAGGUAGUGAUAGAAAAUCAAAGUUUCAGAAAAUAUAACUUGAAACAGCACUGCUUCCACUCCUCGCCCUACCCCUAGUUUUGAUAUGCUUAUCCCUGGAAGGCAGUCUUUCUUGCCACCCUCCAUCCUCAUUCAGAAUCACUGACCUUUAAAUAUGAUACCUUCUACUUAUUCACAUGAAAUUCAGUUUGAAAAAAAUUUUUAUAUACAACCUGAAAUGAUCUUUUAGUAGUCCUAUAUUUUGAUUUUUCAUUACCUAGAAGAAAUCAGAUAUACCUUUAAGUAUGGAUAUUUUAUUCUACUCCUUUCUGUCUUUUCUAAGAAUUUAAGAUUAGUCUUAACACCAGUUCUCAUAUUCUUCUUUUGAGAAAAGUGUCCUUACAGUUCUACUUAGUGUUUUUUAUGCCUAACCUAAGUUAUUUUAUCAUAUAUUGAUCUGUUCAUUUGUUCACUUGUUCAUUGAUUUAAUAAACUGGUAACCUCAAUUUCUUGAUUUACUUCUUUAAAUAGUCUUCAAUGUAAAAAUCUUGUCAAAGCUUGAAAAAUUUUUUAAUUAAAUAAAAUCAUAUUCACUGUGUUAUU